AUGACGCGGCACACGUACACACCCAUAGGUGGACCCGCCGAGCGCACGACACCGAAGUGGUGCAAGCAGAGGGCUCGUCAGGGGCUCUUCUGCUUUGGCACCGUAGCUGCGGUCCUAUUCGUGCUGGCUUACUGGCCGGGAGCCCCGCUGCAGCACGGGCCGGGGCUCAGCGCGCUGGCCCUGAGCCGGAAGGACAGCCCCAGCACAACAGCAGCCGUUGAGCUGGAGAGCGGCAAGCUGACGCCCAAGCAGGCCGACAAGCAGCAGCAGCCCGUGCCAAAGGCAUCUGCGGCCAAGGAGGCCAAGCAGGCGGCAGCCACCAACGAGGCCCCGGCCGGAGCGUCGGCAGCGAAGGCGCAGGCAGCCAAGCCCUCGGCGCCGGGUGCGCCCGCGGCUGCCAAGCCAGCAACAGCGGCGGGUGACAAGGCGGCCUCGAGCAGCAAGGACGGCAGCAGCGGCGGCAGCGGCAGUCCGCCCAGCGACAAGGCGCUGCUGGAGCUGUUUGUGAUGAGCCUCUGCCCCGACGCGGACUUUUGCGAGCACUACUUUGACAAGCUGCUGGAUAAGCUGCACCCAAUAGUGCACGUCAAGACAGAGUACAUUCAGCAUGCGUCGGGCGGCGCCGUCACCUGCCCCCACGGUGACAGCGAGUGCACCGGCAACAAGUACCAGCUGUGCGUGGGGCGCCACACGCCGCCAGAGCACAACCGCGACUGGUUUUUGAAAUUCCUGGUCUGCACCUGGGACGGCGGCGACUCCCCCAGCAGCAAGGCCGGCGUCAAGGCGUGUCUUGACAAGGUCGGCGUGCUGGGUGCGCCGCGGCAGGCCAUGGAGGCGUGCAUGGAUGGGCCCGAGGGCGCCGCGCUCAUGGCCGCGAGCGCGGGCGUGACCGCCUCCCGCGGCAUGCAGCGCAGCUGCACCGUGGCGAUCGCGGGCAAGAAGCGCUGCAUCCGCGACGGCGGGCGCUGGUACGACUGCCCCGGCGGUGACAAGGAGGAGGACUUUGUGCGGUCGCUCUGCGACGCCUACAGGGCCAAGACAGGCAAGGACUCGCCGCUCUGCCCAGCCAAGCCGACCAAGGCGUGA